ACGCGGCAGUCCAGACGGGACAAGAUGGCGGCGAUGCGGGCGAUCCGGGGGAUGGUGAACGGCGCCGUCUCGGAGCUGAGCGGCGGAGGCGCGACGCGGGAUCAGGCGGCCGCCAUCACCCGCGAUUACAUCUCUCAGCCCCGCCUCACAUAUAAAACAGUAUCUGGAGUUAAUGGACCGCUCGUAAUCUUGGAUCAAGUAAAGUUUCCCAGGUAUGCAGAGAUUGUGCAUUUGACACUCCCUGAUGGAACAAAGAGAAGUGGACAAGUCCUAGAAGUCAGUGGAUCCAAAGCUGUAGUUCAGGUGUUUGAAGGAACUUCGGGAAUUGAUGCUAAGAGAACAUCUUGUGAAUUCACUGGAGAUAUCCUUCGAACCCCAGUGUCUGAAGAUAUGCUCGGGCGUGUGUUUAAUGGCUCAGGAAAACCUAUAGACAGAGGUCCUGUAGUCUUGGCUGAAGACUACCUUGAUAUCAUGGGUCAGCCUAUCAAUCCUCAGUGUCGAAUCUAUCCAGAAGAAAUGAUUCAGACUGGCAUUUCUGCUAUAGAUGGUAUGAACAGUAUUGCCAGAGGUCAGAAGAUCCCCAUUUUUUCUGCUGCUGGAUUGCCCCAUAAUGAGAUAGCAGCUCAGAUCUGUCGUCAGGCUGGCUUGGUGAAGAAAUCCAAAGACGUGGUGGACUACAGUGCUGAGAACUUUGCCAUUGUAUUUGCUGCAAUGGGAGUGAACAUGGAAACAGCCCGAUUUUUCAAAUCUGACUUUGAAGAAAAUGGGUCCAUGGACAAUGUGUGCCUGUUCUUGAAUUUGGCUAAUGAUCCAACCAUUGAACGGAUAAUCACUCCUCGUCUUGCGCUGACUGCAGCAGAAUUCUUGGCUUAUCAGUGUGAGAAGCAUGUCUUGGUCAUUCUGACAGAUAUGAGCUCCUAUGCAGAAGCUCUGAGAGAGGUCUCAGCUGCCAGAGAAGAAGUACCAGGUCGGCGUGGUUUUCCUGGUUACAUGUAUACAGAUUUGGCCACAAUCUAUGAACGAGCUGGACGAGUAGAAGGCAGGAGUGGGUCCAUUACCCAGAUUCCCAUUCUUACCAUGCCCAAUGAUGAUAUAACACAUCCUAUUCCUGAUUUGACGGGAUAUAUUACCGAAGGCCAAAUCUACGUAGACAGACAGCUGCACAAUCGACAGAUUUACCCACCCAUCAAUGUACUUCCUUCUUUGUCUCGAUUGAUGAAAUCUGCUAUUGGGGAGGGAAUGACUAGAAAGGAUCAUGCUGAAGUAUCAAACCAGCUGUAUGCCUGCUAUGCCAUUGGGAAGGAUGUCCAAGCCAUGAAGGCAGUAGUAGGAGAAGAAGCACUUACUUCUGAUGAUCUUCUCUACCUUGAAUUUCUGCAGAAGUUUGAGAAAAACUUCAUUGCUCAGGGGCCCUAUGAAAACCGAACUGUUUACGAAACGCUGGACAUUGGCUGGCAGCUGCUACGUAUUUUCCCCAAGGAGAUGCUGAAGAGGAUUCCUCAGAGCACUUUGGCAGAGUUCUAUCCCCGAGACUCCACUGCAAAACAUUAGCUUGCACCUUUUGCUUCCCCCCCAAAAUACUGAAUUUCCUCCCCCCCCUUGUAUUGGUGUUUACUUGUCAGCCCUGUAAUUAAACCAAGAAUAAGUGACAUAUUUGUGCCAGUGUUGCUGAUGUUUGAAGAAUUUAAAAUACGCUCCUUUUCAAACACUGG